GUAACCUGGCGGUAGGUAGGCAAAGAAGACACUGACUAGCUCUCUCCAGUAUUAUCAUUAAGAUCGGAAAACGGGAAAGUCUGCGUUUUGAGGUUUAAUGUGCGGCUCGACAUGCCACCUAACAUGGAUUAUUUCUACCACGAGUCCCGAGUCCCUUCCUCUUGCGGGCUGACCCGGGAGGACGAGCUGGAGCCCGGGGUGAUCAGCUGUAUGCUGGUCGGAGACGGAGCUGUGGGGAAGACCAGCAUGAUAGUCAGCUACACCUCCAAUGGAUACCCGGCAGAGUACCAACAGACUGGUUUUGAUGUCUUCUCUGGUCAGGUCCAAGUAGAAGGAUCUCCGGUCAAAGUUCAGCUUCUGGACACUGCUGGACAGGAGGAGUUUGAUGAAUUCAGAGCUCUGUCCUACGCCCACACAGACGUCUUCCUCCUGUGCUUCAGCAUGGUGAACCCCACCUCAUUUCACAACAUCACCAAGAAGUGGGUUUCAGAGAUCCGGGCCCAUAACCCUUCCUCACCCAUCGUCCUGGUUGGGACUCAGUCGGACCUCUUGCUUGACGUGAACGUCCUCAUAAACCUGGACCAAUCACAUGUCAAGCCAAUUCUGAGCUCCAGGGCCCGGAGCAUGGCAGAGAAGAUCAGGGCCACAGACUACAUUGAGUGUUCGUCACUCACACAAAAGAACUUGAAGGAGGCGUUUGACGCGGCUAUCUUCGCUGCCAUUAAGAGCAAGACUCGCAAGAGCAAGAAGAGGAGGUUUUCGGACAGGCGCACCAAAGCUUUCUCCAGGUGUAGCUGGAAGAAGUUCUUUUGCUUCGUCUAAAUACAUGAACAGACUUUUAACCCUGUGGGUUGUGGACAGAAAUCUUAUUUAUACUUUUGCCUGAUGUCACAGCUCCAGAGUUUUUUUUUUUCCUCUGGGAAGCCAAACUGUGCAGAGAAAUAUAACAUGAGCACAGAGUGAGAGCAUUGAGAGCUAACCUCUUUGAAGACAACAGAGAGGAUUAAGGGUCAUUCCAGGUUUCAGGGUCUGGUUUCACUCAGCAUAUCUGUGUUGUUUACAUUAUAUACAAAUGGUUGAUUGUUUCAGGGUUAUAUGAGAAAACACAUCUUAAAUGAUAUAAUCAAAGUAUGUAAAUGCUUUCCUUUCUAUGCAGCCACUUGUGAGAAAAGCGCUUUGAACGAAGGCAAAAGGAGGCAUAAACAUCCCCAACAUACAGACAGACAGAGAGAGAGAGAGAGAGAGAGAGAGAGAGAGUGAGAAGCUCAGGCCGUCAUGUAAAUGUUGUCAAUUUGCAUGAAGCAUGGGCUUUGCAGCCUUCAGUGCAAGUGAGAGAGAAACAGAAAGUGUCCAUGCUCUGUUUGAGCAGAUGAGUUAGCCACUUCUCGUGUAUUCAUGCUGUCCGGUUGCUUCAUCCUAUUUAUAUGCAGCCAGCUGCAAGUUCAUGUUGCAGUGUGAGAUGCCACAUUCUUACCCGCAUGUGAAAGCUUCCCUGGCUGCUAUUUUCUAGUCUACAAGUUAAUUAUCUGGCAAACUUAUCAUCACUUAUAAACAUGUUUGGCUAGAGUAUUAUGAGCUGAUCUGUGGAAAGGAAAGAAAGCAGGAGGAUUCAUUUGAUACAAAUCAGAAAUGAUUGUAUUUUCUUUGUCUUAAUUCCCAGAUUGACACAGGAACUUGUUUGGAAAUCCUCUUGUCUGAGCUGAAAGGUUGAAUGGGAGCUGUAAUCAUUGUCUUUUUGUCUCUUCCUCCCAUCAAUCUGCAUUUGUGAAAGCUAGCACUGCAGGAGUCUUGACUUCCACCCUGCAGUCCGUCCCACCUGGCUUUUUAUAUUCGCUCCCUCUUUGUUUGUAUUCUCAAUACACUCCUUAUCCCCUCAAAGGCCCUGUGUGCACAGAGUGAGAGGAUGAUUCACUGCCUCUUUUGAAUGUAAGUGUAAACUAAUACACUUUUAUAAAAAGCCCUGCAGGUCUGUGAUGUAUAUGUAAAAGUGAUCCAUAUUUUGCAUGGCAGCUUGAUGAUAUCUGGAAUAUAUUGAAGUGGUUACAGAGCUUUUCUUUAUUAUGCUUCUUGUAGAAGUCAACUGAAUGUAAAUGGUAUUCUGUUUGUUUAAACAAUGUUAUAAUGUUUUAUGUAUAUGAAAUAUGAAAGAAAACAUGGAUUUGAAAUGCAUUAUUGUACUCCACUAACUGUUUUGGUUAUAUUUGAUAUCCCUGUCAUCAUCUCCUUCUCUAACACGUGUCUUUUUUACAUGUCGGAGUGAUGUGUUGC